AUGAUCGAUUCGCUGCUGAGAUUCAUGAAAAUUCUUUUUGAUUACGAUCUUCGUAGCCGGCUUCACACGAGCUUCGCUUCCAGAAACGCCAAUAACACGGCACCUGGCGAGAACAACAUCGUGGACAAAUGUUCCAACAUGCUGUGCCUCAGCCCGGAACUGCAUCGGUUUUGGCAGAAGGGACUGUUUGGCCUAGAGCCCGUGGGCCACUGCCGAAGGCUGAAGGGUUCUGGGGAAUCUUGGGAAGUCCUAGACAUGAAGCUCAGCGAACGCGACCUUGAUGGCACCAGUCGAGAGGAGGGCGAGGAAAUCGAUGCGAAGCUGUCGUCGAUGUUCACUUCCGCCUUCGACACGGACCCAGUUACAACACACAGUGUGCCCAGCAAGAGAUCCAGCCAAGUCGACAUGGACCUCGACAACGACCACAAGAAGCCGUGGACGGAUGAGAAGGGCAAAGUGCCCGAAACAUUCAGCAAGGGACGCCCGCUUCUCAAGCAGGACAUUGAAGAUAGGUACGAGUACGGCAUCGUGCUCCGCUUCCACUGGCUGCCUGCCACGACCUUGACCAGCCUAAACGCGAAGGGUCCCCCCCUGGACACGAAUCCACGAGACAUACAAGCACCGUUUGAAAACUUCAAGUCGAAACACUAUGCAAUUUCAGGCCGUCCGGUUACCAACGGCCGUAUCAUCAGGAUCUGGGCAAAGAACCCGGAUGAGCUACCCGAUUGGGACGCGUUGCAACUUCAGUGGUUUGCUCUCAGGGUUCUCCGCUUGGGAGGAGAUGUUGACUCUGAGAUCUACAACCCACACUGGACUGACAACGACGAUAACUUCUCUCGUCGAGUUGAAAACGACAGAGAGGGCCUCAGGCAAGAGCUGAUCAACGAGAUGACCUUGUCCGCGAGGUAUUCCACACGCACCCACGAGUAUUCCAAUGCGGAUGCGGGCGGACAAUGA